AUGGCCGCGGCCAAGAACAAGUACUCGGUCAUUCUUCCCACCUACAAUGAGCGGAGGAACCUCCCUAUCAUCAUCUGGCUGAUCCAGAGGACUUUCAACGAGGAGAAGCUGGAUUGGGAGGUUAUUAUCGUCGACGACGGAUCCCCUGACGGCACCCUCGAGAUCGCGAAGCAGCUCCAGAAACUCUAUGGCCCCGAACACAUCAUCCUCAAGCCCCGUCAGGGCAAGCUCGGUCUGGGUACAGCUUACGUCCAUGGCUUGAAAUAUACCACCGGCAACUUUGUUAUCAUCAUGGACGCCGAUUUCAGCCACCACCCCAAGUUCAUCCCUGAGAUGAUCCGAAUUCAAAAAGAGACCGACGCCGACAUUGUGACCGGAACCAGAUAUGCGAACCGUGGAGAUAUCAAGGGUGGUGUCUACGGCUGGGACUUGUUCCGCAAGUUCACUUCGCGCACUGCCAACCUCAUCGCGGACGUCAUGUUGAUGCCCGGUGUGAGUGACCUGACUGGUAGCUUCCGGCUGUACAAGAAGUCAGUGCUGGAGAAGGUUAUCAUCAAGACCGAGAGCAAGGGCUACAGCUUCCAAAUGGAGAUGAUGGUCCGUGCUAAGGCAAUGGGUUACAAGGUGUCCGAGUGUCCGAUUACCUUCGUCGACCGUCUGUACGGCGAGAGCAAGCUGGGUGGAUCCGAGAUUGUCGAGUACCUCAAGGGCGUGUUGAGCUUGUGGGUUAAGGUCUAA